AAAGGCUCAGCAGGUGUCCUAACUGCACAGACCUUCCGGAGGUUUUCCAGAGAGGCCAGGAUGAGAGCCCUGAGCGCUGUGCUUGCCCUCUUGUUCUGGGGACAGCUUACUGCAGUGGACUUGAACAAUGACGCCAUGGAUAUUAUAGAUGACAGCUGCCCAAAGCCCCCCGAGAUUGCAAAUGGCUAUGUGGAGCACUCGGUUCGUUAUCGGUGUCAUCCUUACUACAGACUACGCUCAGGAGACGGAGUGUACACCUUAAACAGUGAGAAGCAGUGGGUGAACACGGCCGCUGGAGAAAAUCUCCCUGAAUGUGAGGCAGUGUGUGGGAAGCCCAAGCACCCAGUGGAGCAGGUUCAGCGCAUCAUUGGAGGUUUUCUGGAUGCCAAAGGCAGCUUCCCCUGGCAGGCCAAGAUGGUGUCUCGCCACAAUCUUAUUACAGGAGCCACGCUGAUUAGUGAACAGUGGCUGUUGACCACGGCCCAAAAUCUCUUCCUUAAUCACAGCGAGAACGCAACGGCUGAGGACAUUGCUCCUACUUUAAAACUUUAUUUGGGGAGGAAGCAGCUGGUGGAGAUCCAGAAGGUUGUUCUCCACCCAAACCACUCCAUGGUGGACAUUGGUCUCAUCAAGCUCAAGCAGAAGGUGCCGGUCAAUGAAAAAGUGAUGCCCAUUUGCCUGCCUCCGAAAGAUUACGUAGAAGCUGGCCGUGUGGGUUACGUGUCGGGCUGGGGGAGAAACGCCAACUUUGAAUUUACAGAGCGUCUUAAGUAUGUCAUGCUGCCUGUGGCUGACCAAGACAGCUGUGUGCAGCAUUAUGAGGGAAGCACUGUGCCUGAGAAAAAGACCCCAAAGAGCCCGGUCGGGGUGCAGCCCAUCCUGAAUGAACACACGUUCUGUGCUGGCAUGUCCAAGUUCCAGGAAGACACCUGCUAUGGCGAUGCUGGCAGUGCCUUUACCAUUUAUGACGAGGAGCAGGACACUUGGUAUGCGGCUGGGAUUCUAAGCUUUGAUAAGAGCUGCAGCGUGGCCGAGUAUGGUGUGUAUGUGAAGGUGGCCUCCAUCCUGGACUGGGUUCACAAGACCAUGGCUGACAACUAGCUCAAGGAUGGCUGAGAGGUUGAGCUGAGUGGGGCUGGCUGGGAGCUCCUUUCUGAGAGCUGGAGUCACCUCAGAAAAGGGGAAAGUGGGAGGCAAGAGACAUAGUCUGAAGCUGAUGGAUGCUAGCCCUGCACUGCUGAGUCAAUAAAGAGCUUGCUUCUGAUUCA